CUGCAGAGCCUGUCGACUUCUCAUCGGUCCGUGUACUGAUGAACUGAGGGAUGUAUUACGUCAUCAUGUACCACCGUCAACAUUCCCACAUGUUUAAUCAAAAGAUAGAUAAUCUUUCUCGUCUGACAGCACCACAACUAAAUCUGAUCCUGCCAAGAGGUAGUACUUAUACCGGAAACUACGAGGAUAUGGAUAUUCUUUUACUGUACAUACUACUCCGAAACAUGUGUAGUAUACCACCACACACCAAUGGAUGGGGAAAUGAUCCAGACCCUACUGAAAGAUCUCUCUCUGCCAACAUUGAAAGGAUUCGAAUUGCCAGAAACCAGUGUGUUCAUUCUUCUAGUCCCGCCCUAUCCAAUGCUGAUUUCAACAGAGUCUGGUCCACCGUCAGAUCAGCAGUCGGGGACCUUGAUUCUCUCCUUAACAAUAGAAACCAAUAUGAAAGAGAAGUUGAUUUUUUGAGACAUGAGACAAUGGACCCUGUCCGUGAUCUUUACUUCAUCGAAGAACUGAGAAAACAAGCAGCAGAAGACACGGCUACAAGAGAAAGAGUUCAUAGCCUAGAAUCUCUUCACGAAAACGAUAUCCUGCAGUAGAAAAGAGAAGACAUGGUAUUCUUUGAAACACACAACUUCUGCGCAAUGCUGCAAAAAGUGAAGAAAAAUUCUCAUGUGACGUUUGUUGGAGUCCCUGGAUCUGGAAAAACAGCAACAGCUCGUCACAUUGCCCUGAUGUUACAACAGGAAGGGUAUGAAAUUUUACCCAUCAAAGACAUCAGAAAGAUAGAGGACUACUGUGAUCCCAAUAAUCCACAAGUAUUUGUUAUUGAUGAUGUGGUAGGUGUAUUUGGACUUCAAGAAGUAAAAAUGAACCUUUUGCUUGAUUACCAAGAUAGAAUCAUGAAGCCCGCAAUGCCAAAAUCAAAAGCCCUCAUGACAUGCAGAGAAGCAGUAUUCAAAAAAGCAACUGAGUCAAAUUCAUUUUUUAAAGACAAAAAUACUAUUGUUUUGUUACAUAGUGAAGCUUUUGCUUUAACUAUAGAUGACAAAAAAGAAAUACUCAAAACCUACAGCAUAGAGGAAAAUAUGAUGUCUCCUGCAAGUUUGACAUCAGCAUCAAAAAUGUUUCCUUAUCUUUGUAAGCUGUUUUCAACAGAGAAAAAAUUCCAGUUGCAUGGUUCUGUAUUCUUUCACAAUCCAGUUCCAUGCAUUUUGAAGGAACUUGAGGAAUUAGAAAAUCAAAACAAAAUUCACUAUGUUUCUUUAGUGUUAUGCAUGAUGAACGAAAACGAAUUAUCUGAGAAAAUUCUAGAGGAAAGGGAAAAUGAAGGAAACUUCAAUGAAAUCAAAUUAACGGUUCUUCGAAAAUGUAAAGUCAGUAGACAAACUGAUAAUUUCAAAUUUGUUGAUGCAAUGUCGGAAAUGGAGGGGACCUACACAAAGUUUUGUGUAACUCAUUAUAGCUUCAUUCACGAUUCUAUGUUUGAAAUUGUUGCAUAUCAUUUUGGUUGUAAGUUUCCAGAAGUCAUUGUGCAAUUUAUGAGCAGUAGCUUUAUUGCAAACUAUGUCCGACUUCAUAGAUUUCAAACAGAAAAAUCAGAAUAUAAAGUUAUUCAUCCAAGUGAGAAUAUUGGAAACAGUGUUGAAUGUAUAAUACCGGAGGACAAAAACGUUACAUUCAAUGUCGGGCCAUUUGAUCUUUGUAUAAAGAUAAGACAGGAUCUUUAUCCAAUGUUAGCUGAGCGUUUGUAUAGAGAUAUAGAAAAAAUGGAACUGCAUGAUGUUUUUAUGAAUAAUGUUUUAAAACAAACUGAGGUUUGUCGGGCUUUUAUUGAGGUGUUAAAGACGAAGUCGUACACAGAGUUGAAGUCUUUAUUUCUAUCUGUUCAGACAGACGUGUGUAAGGUGGUGAGUAAAGGAGAAAGUGUAACAGAGGAAAAUGAGAAGAAGAGUGAGUGGAGCACUGAGAGGAUGAGACAAAAAGUGUUGACAAAUACGUGUAGGAAACCAGAGACUGUUUAUUGUGUCAGGGUUAUUAGUUGGGUGGUUAACUAUGGACACAGUCAGAUCCUAAAGUAUAUUUUAGAACAAAUUGAAUUACACAAGGAAACACAAUCUGAACUAUUCGAAAGGAAUUGUUUUAAUCCUGAUUCAAUGUAUAUCAUAGGAAAAGGAGAGAUCUGUCAACAUACUCCUGAAAAAUACCGUCUAUUACUACUAAGUUGUUACAGUGGUGAUUUAGAAACUGUAAGAAUAAUACUGAAAUAUGUAAACAAGAACUUGAUCAACGAAAUACUCAGAGAUCUUGAUGAUUAUUAUGUGUGGUCUGACACACCACUGACAGCAGCUUGUAAGAAUGGAUAUGUGAGUAUAGUAAAGGAGCUGCUAGAAGCAGGGGCUGAUGUUAAUCUACAAGACGAGGAUGCUACACCACUGAUAGUGGCAUGUAACAGUGGACAUUCGAGUGUAGUGAAACAGCUGCUAGAGGCGAAGGCUGAUGUCAAUGAACUGUGGAUAUAUACACCGAUGACUAUAGCAUGCGCAUAUGGACAUUUGAAUGUAGUAAAGGAGCUGCUAAGUGCAGGUGCUAAUGUCAAUCUACAAGAUGAGUUUGAUACACCACUAACAACAGCAUGCAUGCAUGGAUUUAUUGAUAUAGUUAUAGAACUGCUUGAGGCAGGUGCCGAUAUCAAUUUAUAUGGUGAAAAUUAUACACCAUUGCAAACAGCAUGUGAGCUCGAUUAUGCGAAUGUAGCAAAUAAACUGCUAGAUGCAGGGGCUAGUGUCAAUCCACAAGGUAUGGAUGUUACUCCAUUGACAGCAGCAUAUAGAUUUGGAAAUAACACUCUAGUGAAGAAGCUACUUACGGCGGGGGCUGAUGUCAAUCCACGAGGUGUAUUUACUACUCCGCUAACAGCGGCGUGUAGAGUUGGAAAUUACACUCUAGUGAAGGAGCUACUUAAGGCGGGAGCUGAUAUCAAUGUUUAUGGUAAGCAUAAUACACCACUUACAGAAGCAUGUGAAGGUGGACAUUUGAGUAUUGUUAAAAAACUCCUAGAGGCAAAUGCUGAUGUUAAUUUGCAAGGUUACAAUAAAACCCCUCUGAUAGCAGCAAGUGAGCAUGGGCACCUGACAGUAUUAAAGGAACUGUUAAAAGCCGGGGCUGAUGUCAAUAAACAAUAUGAAGAACAAACAGCACUGAUAGCAGCAUGCAAGGGUGGACAUUUAGAAAUUGUAAAGAAGCUUAUGGGAAAAGGGGCUAAAAUAAAUUUACAAUGCCUAAGUGAAACUCCAUUGAUAGCUGCAUGUAAUUCUGGACACCUUGCUAUAGUGAAGGAGCUGCUAGAUGCAGGGGCUAGUGUUAAUUUAGGAGCAAAAAUAAGUUCACCAUUGAACGCAGCAUGUGAGGGUGGACAUCUAACUGUAGUAAAGGCACUGUUACAGACAGGAGCUAAUGUAAAUUCAAAAAAUUAUGAUAUUGCACCAUUGACGUUGGCAUGUGAGAGUGGACAUUUGUGUGUGGUAAAGGAACUGCUUAGAGUUGAUGCAGAUGUUAAUCCUAAGGGUCAUUCUCAUACACCACUGACUGGGGCAUGCUUGGGUGGAUAUCUGAGUAUAGUAAAUGAGUUGCUAAAAGCUAAGUCUGAUGUUAAUUUGCAGGGUCAGUCUAAUACACCACUGACAGCAGCAUGUAACAGUGGACAUAUGAGUAUUGUAAAGAAGCUGAUAGAGAAGGGGGCUGAUAUAAAUUUAGUAGGCGGAAACAAAACACCACUGACAGCAGCAAGUGAAGGUGGACACAUUAGUGUUAUAAAGAUUCUGCUGAAGGCAGGGGCUAAUAUCAAUCGACAGAAACAAUAUAAAACCCCAUUGAUAGCGGCAUGUAUGUAUGGGCAUUUGUGUAUAGUGAAUGUAUUGCUAGAAGCUGGCGCUGAAGUCAAUCCACACAAUCAUUUCACAACACCACUGACAGCAGCAUGUAAGGGUGGACAUCAGAAUGUAGUUGAAGAACUACUGAAGGCUGGAGCUGAUGUCAAUCUUCCAGACAAAUCGAAUACGCCACUAACAGCGGCAUGUAGGAAUCGACACUUCAUUGUAGUGAAAGAACUGUUGCAAUGGAAAGCAAAUGUUAAUUUACAUGUACUAAGAUUUCGUAAAUAUUAUACACCACUCAUAGCAGCAUGUGAGGGUGGGCAUAGAAGGAUAGUAGAAGACCUGCUACUAGAGGAGGGAGCGGUUGUAAAUAUUAAAGCAAACGAUGAAACACCACUAACAGCAGCAUGCAAGGGUGGAUACCUACACACGGGGGCUGAUAUCAAUCCAAAAGAUAAAUAUAAGACACCGUUGUCAGCAGCAUGUGAGGGUGGACAUAUGUGUGUAGUGAGAGAACUACUUACGGCGGGAGCUGAUGUGAACCUACAAUGUGAAUUCAACACCCCUCUGACAGCAGCAUGUGACGGUGGACAUUUAAAUGUAGUGAUGGAGGUCAUUGGUGCAGGAGCUGAUGUAAACGUACAAGAUAAAUUUGAAACACCUCUAACAGCAUCGUGUAGAAGGGGAAACCUGGCUAUAGUAAAGGAGCUUCUUAACGCGGGAGCUGUUGUCAACCUACCAGAUAACAAUAAUACACCGCUGACGGCAGCAUGUAAGGAUGGACAUCUAGAUGUUGUAAAGGAGUUGAUAGAGGCAGGCGCUGAUGUCAAUAAACAAGAUUCUUUUGGAAAUACUCCUCUUCAUGUUACAAUUUUAUAUCAGACAAAGCUUGCUGUUCCGGUUGUUUUGAUUCUGAACAAGUAUGGUGCAGACUCAACAACCUGUAAUAGGGAGAGUCUAUCAUCCUUGUGUGUUGCAUUAAUCAAUAACAAAAUGGAUGUUGUGAAACAAUUCCUACAAACAGAAAGAGAAACUCGGCUGAAUAAAUUACGUUUCUUUAACUAUGAUGUCAAUACAGUGAGGGACAGGGUAGAGAAGAUGAAAAUACUUCUUGAUGCCGGGGUAGACGUAAAUAUCAGGGUGAAGUAUAGUACGUGUGAUUCUGCGUCAGACGAAGAUGGUGUCCUUGAUAGGUUUAGUGAUGAAGAUGGAGAUGAAGAUUAUGUUGAUGUGUUAGAUAGAGAGGAAACUGUUAGAUUAUUAUUGAAAUACAUCAAUAAAGAUUUAAUAAAUUCUGAACCAGGAGAAAUGUGUAGCGAUUACGGAAAAAAGCAUACACCACUGACAGCAGCAUGCGAGGUAGGGCAUUUGAAUAUAGUUAAGGAGCUCAUAGAAGCGGGGGCGGAUGUCAAUCUGAUGGGGAACUCUUAUACGCCACUAACAGUGUCAAGCAUGGAUGGUCAUUUGGAUGUCGUUAAUGAGUUGUUAAGAGCUGGGGCUAAUGUCAACCGAAGCCUUUAUAAUAGGGCAUUAACAGCAGCAUGUAUUUCUGGACAUAUAGGUGUUGUGAGGAAGUUGUUGGAAGCUGGAGCUGAUGUCAAUAAAACGUGUUUAUUUAAAACACCACUAGAAGUAGCAUGUCGGGGUGGAUAUAUGAAUGUCGUGACUGCACUACCAGAGGCAGGGGCUGAUGUCAAAAUACAAAGUUGUGAUACUUGGCCUUUAAAAUCAGCAUGUGAGGGUGGAAAAGUGAAUAUGGUGAAGGAGCUGAUUGCAACAAGAGACAAAGAAUUUAAUAAUUAUUUUACCUUACUAGUAGAAGCAUGCUCUGAUUUAGAUCAAGGGACUGAAAAAGAUGAGACUCCUUUACUGACAGCAUGUAAUGGUGAUCAUUUUGGUGUUGUGAAAUUGCUGCUAGAGGCUGGGGCUAAUUUCCAUGCAAAUAAUUAUAACAUCUUUAGAAGAUUACUUUAUGUAGCAUCUUCUCGUGGGAAUAUUUAUAUUGUGAAGGAGUUGUUGAAGGCGGUAAGGGGUGUUUUUCGACGAGAGUAUUUAGAUUAUCCAUGUAGCCAUGGGCAUAUCAGUAUAGAGAAGGAGUUGUUAGAAGCAGGAGCUAAUGUCGAUGAUCAAAGGGAACAUGGAGAACCACUUACAGCAGCAUGUAAGAUUGGAUAUAUGAGUUUAGUGAAGAUGCUGAUUGAAAAAGGAGCUGAUGUAAAUCCACAAAAUAAAGAUAAAAUACCACUGAUAGCAGCAUGUGAGGGUGGACACGUGAAAACAGUGAAGGAGCUGCUAGAAAAAAAGCACAUUCAGCAUUUGUAA